CAGUCGCAUGUCGGGGUACCAGGCCGCGCCGACGCCAGGACACAAGCUCACACUCUUUACGGGCCUCGACCAGAUCCAACACCAGCCGCAAGAAGCUCUAUCCUUUGGUACCACGGCGUCUUCCAUGUACAACCGCAAGUCGGACACGAUUCGACCACCGCUCGACGAUCUCGUCGACAUUCGCGCCAAACUCAACGCGCGCGCCAAGCACCUCUUGAGCGAGUGGCCCUCGACAGCGCUCUGCGGCAACGACAUCAUGUCCAGCGUGCUCUACUCGGCCGGUAUCGUUGCCUUGAAGGCCGGGAACCUCGCGCCCUUUUGCAUGGUCAUGGUGUCCUUUGUGCUCUACCUGUACCGCUUCAUUUACGAAGAGGUCGUGACCGCGAUCCCGAUCAACGGCGGGUCGUACAACUGCCUUUUGAACACAACCUCGAAGCGGUUCGCGUCGUUUGCGGCAGUGCUGAGCAUCCUCUCGUACACGGCAACCGCCGUCGUCUCCGGAACAUCGGCGUGCUACUACCUCCAGUUUGUCGUGCCGGAGUUGCCGGUCGUCGGCACGACCGUGUGUCUCCUCGGUGCCUUCGCCCUCCUCUUUUUCCUCGGCUUGUCCGAGUCGGCGGUCGUUGCGCUCGUCAUCUUUGUCUUGCACGUUCUCACGCUCACGAUUCUUGCGGUCGCGAGCUUGGUCUACACGAUUCAACACCCGAGCAUUUUGAUCGACAAUUGGCACGCGCCGUACCCGCAAGUCGACUUUGUCGGCUCGGUCGUCGACGGCAGCGUCGGCACAGCGCUCUUCUUUGGCUUUGCGGCGUCGAUGCUGGGCGUCACGGGCUACGAGACGUCGGCCAACUUUGUCGAGCAGCAGCAGCCCGGUAUCUUUCGCAAGACGAUGCGCAACAUGUGGGCGCUCUCGUCGAUCUUCAACAUUGUGCUCUCGAUCCUCUCGAUGGGGGUGCUGCCACUCUACGGCCCCAACGGCCUCAUCCACAACGCCAACACGGCGCUCGCCAACAUGGGUUUGGUCGCUGGCGGCCCGUGGCUCAAGUGGCUGGUCUGUAUCGAUGCGUUUUGCGUGCUUUCCGGAGCGGUGCUGACGGCGUACGUCGGUGGCAACGGCCUCCUCCGCCGUCUCAGCACCGAUCGCGUCCUGCCUCGGUUCCUCUCGCGCAAGAAUGCGUGGCGUAAUACGACGCACUGGAUCAUUCUGAGCUUCUUCCUCCUCACGUCGUCGCUGGUCUGGCUCUUGGACGGCGACAAUGUCAUCCUCGGUGGCGUCUACACGUACUCGUUCUUGUCCAUGAUGUUUCUCUUUGCGAUCGGCUGCAUGGUGCUCAAGGUCAAGCGCCAGCACAUUCCGCGCGACGUUCGCGCACCGUGGUGGGUCUGCCUCAUCGGCGCUUCGUGCAUUUUUGUCGGGUACCUCGGCAUUGUGCUUGGGAACCCGUCGGUCCUCAUGUACUUUUUCUACUACGUGCUCGGUAUCGCACUCGUCGUGUUUACAAUGCUAUGGCGCGUCACGCUUCUGCGCUGUUUUGUGUUUAUGGUCAAUAUUGUCACCAAUACGGGUGCCAAACCGACCGACACGGACGACGUCGCGAUGCUGACUGUCUUCCACAACCGGCAACACGGCGUCCUUGGUGACCAUGGUGACGACGACGACGACAAUGAAGAUUUCGACCGGGAGACGCACGCGCCCAAGAGUACUUUUUUCUUCAUCAAGACGCCGGACCUCAAGCUCAUGAACAAGGUGACGUUGUACGUGCGUGAGAACGAGCUCACGAGCCGCCUCCGGUUCGUGUACGUCUACCCCGAGCCGACCGAUGACGCGCUUCGGACAAUUGCGCUGUUGAAGGAGCGCGUCGACGUGAUUGACAACUUGUACACCAAGAUCAAGAUGGACGUGCUCACGGUCCGCGGCUGGUUUGAACCCGCGGUCAUUGUCUGGCUCAGCAAAGAGUUCAACUUGCCGCCCAACAUGAUGUUCAUCAAGCAGCCAACAAAUAGCAUCUCGCACAAGGUCGUGCGUCGCGGCGUCCGCGUCAUCACGGGCUAG